AUGCGGCUUUGGACUGCUGCGGCGCUAGCGCUUUCAUUCACGACCGUGUUGGGCUCCAACUCGUCGUACUCUACCAAGUCGGGGAUUCUACCGUGGGUGGACCCGUCCACCCCUGGCAGCGCGCAGACGUACACAACCUCCCGGGGGGAGACCUGGACGCUGACUAUGAGUGACGAGUUCAACACGGAAGGCCGAAGCUUCGAGGCGGGAGACGACCACCUCUGGACGGCUCUGGAAAAGGCCGACGGCGUCAACUCGACGCUAGAGGUGUACUCGGUCAACAUGACUGGCACGGAAUGCGACGACGACGGUAACUGCUACUUCUUCAUCAACACGACGGACGACGAUCGCCGAGACGGCUACCAGACCGUGUACUUUUACUACCGCUCAGGCAUGGUGCAGUCGUGGAACAAGUUCUGCUUCCAGGGAGGAAUAAUCGAGGUGCGUGCACAGCUUCCAGGAGCUGUGACCAAUGAGUCUGGAAACCCGGACGUCGAGACAGGCUCCACUACAGUGCGCGCCGCCAACAUCGACUACUACCCGACUUGCCCUGGCAUCUGGCUGCUCGGGAAUCUUGGAAGGGCCAUCUUCUCGGCGUCCACGAGCAGGAUGUGGCCUUAUUCCUACAACGAGUGCAAUGAGACCAUCUUUUCGUCGCAGAACCAGAGGGUCAGCGCUUGCAAUGACACUCCUGGGUCAGGUCUUAACGCCAACCAAGGCCGUGGUGCUCCGGAAAUCGAUAUUCUGGAAGGAGGUGGCACCGCCAUCUCGACGUCGCUGCAGAUUGGACCAGGAAUGCCCGAAGAUUUCCGACGCGCCAACCAAGCAGACGUCCCCACGGCGUACUACUACAACUUGCGCGACCACAAGUCGUGGUACCAGGGACUACGCUACGGCGCCAACAACUUAUGCGACGUCAAAGACGACGAUAUCCAGUCCUUCGCUACGGUAAAUGCCUCGAUUCAAAAAGGCAUCACGGUUAACGCCUGCACAAUGGAUACUUGUCCUGGAUCGUACUACCCAAAUGCGGACCUCGGCUAUAUGAAUACCGGUGUGCACUGGGGUAUCAACGCCAACGGCACGUGCUUUCCGAAGAUGAACCAGUACGAUGGUGCCUAUUUGUGCACCGCCGGCAACACAGCUUCGGAGUGUACGGCAUCGAGUGGCUCCACUAGCGCUGACUCGGAGUUUGCUUACCAAAUGGACGCCAUCUCAGCGAACUGGGAAGUGCACAUGGCUGCCUACCUGGACUGGGUCACGUACUCCGUGGAAUGGGUCAUGGGAGAUGAAGGCUACAUCCGCUGGGAAGUCGAGGGCCAACCCAUGUUCGAGGUCACCGCCGAUGUGUUGACGAACCCGCCGCAGGACACCGCGCAGAUGAACCCCAAGAAGAUCAUGAUCGAGGAGACCAUGUACAUCAUCUUCAACGUGGCCUUGUCGAGUUCGUGGGGCUCUUCUCCUCCCAAUGCCGGCGAGGGAAGCUGUCGCGGCGACGGCUCCAGCUCAACGAACAACGCCAUUUGCGACUCGUUCCCUAUGUACCUGAAGAUCGACUACGUUCGACUGUACCAGGACACGUCGGGUGACACGGCUAUGGCGAUCGGCUGCGAUCCCGACACACACCCGACCAAGCAAUGGAUCGAGGACAACAUCGAUGACUACGUUGACGACAACCCGGACACGGCUGUCUCGGGUAUGGCGUUCUGCGACUCCAACGCCGACUGUACGAUCUCGACAACUGGCACUGUGACUGGUACUUGUUCAAAUGGCUGGUGCAAGUGCAAGUCAAGCUCGUGGACAGGCCCACGAUGCACUGAAGCGGCUUCCGAGUCUUCAGGUUCUUCUGAUUCCGACGAUUCCAAUGUGUACGGCCCCCCAAUGUACGGAUCGGUGAUCGCUGCAAGCGUGACAGUGCUCUGUACUGCCUGUACGCUUGUCUACUCGGUUGUGAUGGCCAAACGCGACGCUGCCCAGUUGCAGAAGCACCAGGCCUUCAAGAUGCGAAGUACGGCCAAGGAUGCGUUCGGACCUAUAAGUGAGCUAGUCGUCAAGGACGACUACAGUACCAAUUUUGUCUGA